AUGCUUCGCUUCUAUCGCACACUCUUCACCGGCGCGGGAUCCGAGACUCCCUGUGAGGCCACACGCCGGGGCCAGAAAUCGCUUGCCGCGAAGGACCAUACUGUCAAGGCCACACUGCACUCCAUCAUCUACGCCGCAUGUUUGCUGCGCUUCACGCUCAGCAGCCGGUCAGCCUGGGACGAGAAGGACUGCGGAUGGGUCAACUCGGCCUUUUCUUAUGCGAUCGUCGGCAUCGCUUCUCGCGCUCCGCACUGGAAAAGCUCCCUUCUGGAGUAUUAUGACUGUGAGGUAUUCUCGCCCAUAUCCGACGCCAGUGAAUACGUCCUCGGGACCGACCCCGACUCAGCUUACGCCAGGAUCAUGGCGUCGCUCGAUGAGAGGUAUUGA